UGCAUUUUCAAUGGCGCUGUCCAUCAUCAACGAUCAGCGAAAGAAGUUUGGCUGACUGUUUUCCCAUGUUUACUUACAGCAUUGAUAAGGAUUCCACUGAAUGUUAUGUUUGAAAGAGCACAGAUUUUGUCCAUCUGUUACUUUUAAGUCUACCAGAGGACACAAUGAUAAGCUAUCACAAGAUCUAUAUGAGCCCUGUGCAGUCCAGCAACCUGCAGUCUCAGCUGUGUGGGCUGUGGAAGAAGCAAAAGUUUUGUGAUGCUGUCAUCAAGUCAGACAACAUUUCUGUAAUGGCACACAGUUUGGUUCUAGCUGCUUCCUGUCCCAAGCUACAGUCAAUGGAAGCUUAUUCAUUUGGAUCUUUGUUAGAAAUUCGAGUAGAUUCUGACAUAACAAAGGAAUCUGUGAUGGCUUUCCUUCAAUAUCUCUAUGAAGGUUACCUCAUGUUGACAGAAGAAAACUAUUGUCAUGUCGAAAAAUUGGCUCACUCGAUGCAUAUUGACAGUAUAAUUAGUUAUUGCAAAGACUUUAACCAGAGCAUAUUGUCAUCACGCUCUGAUAUUCAUGAAACCACUGACCAAGCUGAUUUUAAGCAUGUACGGACAACAAACUUAUUGAGGGUACUAGAUUCCUCACAAAAAAGACUUCAUGAAAGUUCUGUGAACCGUGAUUCCUCUAAAAGAUUAAAACAGUCAUCAUCUAAUCAUUGUAGCAGUGAAAGUAUUUCAGUUAAGCAAGAAUCUCCACUUGGGGUAACCCAGUCACAGGGUGGUGGAAUAGGAGGGACUGAGUUGAAACAAGGUCCUUCUGCAUCUAAUCAAUCAGAGUCAUACUUAACCUCUUCCAAUAAGGUGUCCUUGAAUAUUAACUCUGAAAAAGCUGCUGCCUCAGGUGAUGGAGUGAUUUUCUACUCCAACCCAAAUUUUAAGGAAGGUAGCUCCACUUCUUUGAACUCUACAGGGCCUCCACAUGUUCAGGUGUCUAGUUGUGGCAGUCAAUUGAAUGGAUCUCCACUUCCUCUUACUAUCUCUAAUGUUCAUUCAUUGCAGACUGUUCAAUCAUCCAAUUUUGAACUUGGGAAAAAGACACCACAAACUGAACCUUAUCCUGUGUUGUUGAAGGAAGUUCGACAAUCAUCAAGCCCCUUUUCUUGUAAUUUAGCUAAAGUCAGUGCUUCAUGCGCUGGCAUUGACAAGGAUGACAAACGACCAAUUCCUAGUCAGAGCUUAUCUCUACAGCAGCAAUUUAAAAAGUCUUCAAGAAAAUUUAGAGAAAAAUCGGAAAGUCAAACAUGCACUUCUACUAGCAACAGUGUUACAAGUACUGACCCUAGUACUGAGGUGAGCCUCAGUAUUGUUAAAAUUGAACCGGAAGACAGCAUCAUCCAAACAGAUGAGGGGAUGUUUUUGUCAACAGCACAGAGAGAUGAAACCCAAACAAGUCAGUCCAGCUGGUUACAUGAUAACCCCUCAAUGUCGUCUGAGGAGAAUUUAAGUCAAGAAGAAACGUCCUCAAGUUUGACCAGUAGAACAGAUUUUGACAAUGUUCUAUCGAGAAUAGCGGUUUCGGAUAUUGAUACAAGCCACCAAGAAUUUGACGAUCAAACAUCCCAAUUCAUGCCAACAAGAACCCGUUUUCACAAGCUUUCCGAGGAAGAAAUUCAAGGAAUCCAGGAUUUCCCACAAUCCAAGGCCACAAAAAAGAAUACCAAAUGGGGUAUAAAGAUUCUUACAGAUUGGCACACUGAAACUUAUGGCGUCCCCCUCGAUAUGACUACAGUAGAUGAAGAGGAAUUAGCAAAAAAACUUGGACGAUUCUACUGUGAAGCAAAGCCACAGCCUGACCAAAAAUAUGGGAAACACACAGAAUACCACAUAAACACAAUGAAGUCCAUUCGAGCUGCCAUUAACCGACAUUUAUCCGACAUUGGUCGGAAUAUCAAUAUAGUCAACGACAAAGCUUUUAAAGUUGCGAAUAAAGGCCUGACAGGUCUUCUGAAGCGGAGAAUGGUCACUGGAACUUUUCGUCCAACAACUCAUAAAGAGGUCAUUGACGUAUCUGAUUUACAGAAAAUCUCUGCUUUCUUUAAGAAUGCAUAUUUAUCUCCAAUCAACCUGCGACUGGCAGUGUGGUAUAUUAUUGCUGUGAAUUUCGUUUCCAAGGGACUCGGUUUCUACUAUCAACUCAGGAUAGAUUCCUUUGAUUUCAAAGUCGAUGAAAAGGGUUCGACUUAUGCUUGUUUGAAACGUGAACAAAAAUCAAAAGAUUAUACAGAUUGUAAUCAUAUAACUGAAGCUAUGUAUGACAAGCGAAUAUAUGAAACUGGAAAUCGAAAUUGUCCGGUGAAAACGUUGAAGUUUUUCUUGGCUAAAACAGAUCAAAAUGCAUCUUAUCUUUUUAAUAAAUGCUUGAAAGAUGCGAUUUGUUCUCCAAAUAUAUGCAAUUUAUGGUACUCUAGUAAGCAUCUGAAUCAGGGAUCAUUUGUUAGCUUCCUACCAGAUAUUUGCAAGGCAGCAGAUUGUAAACGCUACACAGCAAACUGUCUGAGGGAGACGGCAGUUCACGCAGGAUUUGAGCAGAGAGAUAUCAUGUAUUUUUCUAGGCAUGAAUACGACACAUCUGUGCAAAGCUAUAACCGUGAAAUAUCUGAAAGUGCAAGUGCAACAUUAUACUCCAUGGCUGAAAAUAUGGGCAGAGUAGAGAAUGACAAUGUUGAUGGUUCAUACGAAUCCAUGUGAAAUUUACAGGUGAGAUCCUUAGGGUUCAUCGCAAUUCUACACAUUCCAAAUGACCUGUAUAACAACUGACAUGCUGAAAGAGUAAUACAUGUAGGUGAGGACUAUCUGAUUUGCAUGUAGUCACCAGUGACAUUACAUUUAGUUGUGUGAACUUGACAGAACUAGACUGAUAUAAAGCUGGCAGAGGCUUUUUUUUGGUCCAACAGCAAUGCAAGGACAAAACGUCUGCAAAAGAAAAGUUAGAAGGCAAUUGUUUGAUUUGUAUGAAGAUAGUUGACGCAUGCAUAAUUGUUUGACCUUAAUUAUGUGAAUAAUAAAUUUGAAGACAUAAAUACUUGUUUGUUGUUUUUUCUGUUAAGCUAAUUUGUAAUGUGUGCAGUAUUAUGUGGCCUGUUGAGAUAAACCGAUUUUGCAUUACAAUAUCCAUAAAAAUCAAAGUACUGAGAGUACUUAAAGACGGGGUAUUGAAAGUUUGAAUUUGUAAUUGUUCACGUUUUCCUCGAUUA